GAAGAUACAGGAGAGAAACCUUUCUCAUGUUCAAGAUGCGGAGAAAGGUUUCUAAAAAAUGAAAAUUUAAUGGUUCACAUGAGAACUAACACAUGUCAGAAGAUUUACAAAUGUCUGUCCUGUGGAAAAAGCUUCACUCAUAAAUCAAAUCUUUAUAGACAUGCCAAAACUCACACAGGUGAGAAGCCUUUCAAAUGUGAGACCUGUGGAAAAAGCUUUUUUCGGUCUUCUGAUCUUAAUAAACACACCACAACUCACACAGGUGAGAAGCCGUUCAAAUGUGUCUUUUGUGGAAAAGGCUUUUCUCAGACAUCUGAUCUGUAUAAACACACCAGAAUUCAUACAGGUGAGAAGCCGUUCUCCUGUAGUAUUUGUGGAAAAAGUUUUAUUAGAAAAAAUAGCUUGACAUCUCACAUGAGAACUCACACGGGUGAGACCCCUUUCAAAUGUGAGUACUGUGGAAAAGGCUUUACCGAAAAAGGUGCUCUUCAUAAACACAUCAGAAUUCACACAGGUGAGAAGCCGUUCUCCUGUACCCUUUGUGGCAAAAGUUUUAUAAGAAAAAAUAGCUUGACAUCCCACAUGAGAAUUCACACAGGUGAGACGCCAUUCAAAUGUGCGUCCUGUGGAAAAAGCUUUACCGAAAAAGGCACUCUUAAUAAACACAUGAGAAUUCACGCAAGUGCAAAGCUGUAUAAAUGUGACUUCUGUGGAAAAGGCUUUUCUCAUAGAUUUGUUCUUUGUAACCACACCAGAAUUCACACAGGUGAGAAGCCGUUCUCCUGUACCGUUUGUGGCAAAGGUUUUAUUAGAAAAAGUAGCUUGACUUCUCACAUGAUAAUUCACACAGGUGAGACACCUUUCAAAUGUGUGUCCUGUGGAAAAAGCUUUACUGAAAAAGGCUCUCUUGACAAACACAUCAGAAUUCACACAGGUGAGAAGCCGUUCUCCUGUCCUCUUUGUGGUAAAAGUUAUAGUCAACAUGGUAGUUUGAGUUACCACAUGUCAACUCAUGUGUGAAAUGAUUGCCAUCCAUGAAACAGAUCUUAAAAAGAAAGAUAUUUAUUGGUUUACAUAAGAAAUCACAUCAGUUGACGCUACAGAAAUGAACAGGAGAGACUUUUUCCAUGUUUUACCCGUG